CCCGCCCGUUCGCGCCGUAGGACCAUUGGCGACGUGGAGGCGGCGUCCUCGGGCCCGGCAGCGCCCCUCGGUUCGACGGGAGGCGGCGAAUCCAGUUUCCAAGAUGUCGUACAUGCUUCCUCACUUACACAACGGCUGGCAGGUGGACCAGGCCAUCCUGUCCGAAGAGGACCGAGUCGUCGUCAUCAGGUUUGGCCACGAUUGGGAUCCGACGUGUAUGAAAAUGGAUGAGGUUUUAUAUAGCAUCGCCGAAAAGGUGAAAAACUUUGCCGUGAUCUACCUCGUAGACAUCACGGAGGUCCCGGACUUCAACAAGAUGUACGAGUUGUACGACCCUUGUACGGUCAUGUUCUUCUUCAGGAACAAGCACAUCAUGAUUGACCUGGGCACGGGAAACAACAACAAGAUUAACUGGGCCAUGGAAGACAAACAGGAGAUGAUCGACAUCAUUGAAACCGUCUAUCGGGGAGCCCGGAAAGGCCGCGGUCUGGUAGUGUCGCCCAAGGACUAUUCCACCAAGUACAGAUACUGAAGGACCUGGGCCCCGGCACCCUUCCCCAGCUCCGUUUGUAAAUACCUCUGCUCUUUUUAGCGCGGAAGGGUUUUAAACGUCUAUUUAAACCCUCAGUCCUAACUUCCCUGGGAAAGCGCUCAGUGGCCGCACGAAGCCGAGGAGCCAGAUCUCCCGUAUCGAUUGAGGUCACUGAAAAUCCUUCACGCUGUGUGUUUUCCUGUGCAAUGAAUUUUCGAACCGGCAAGGACGCUCCCCUCGGUUCCCAGCCGAAGGAAUAAAAAUCGCCCGGAAUCUGGGAGCGGCCUCAGUACGUGUGUCUUUUUGGUAAUAAACUGAAUUUUUCUCUUCGAGAGAGAAUCCGAUCAA